AUGGAGGAGGUCUCCGCGCUGUGUUUUCAGGGCCACGCCCUGAAUGACGCACCCAACCACGUGACGGUAGAUCGCCCACCGUCUAUUGACGGCGAGGAAGAGCAUUGUGCCUCUGGCCAACCUCAUAAUGGUGGCGGUGUGGGCUCCGAUGCAGAUUGGUUCUCACCACGGUUGCCUGACCUGUUGGGGGCCUUGCGGCGGCAGUGGUUGCAGCGGGUUACAAAGUGGGACUGGUGCAGCGGCUACGCGAUGCGUCGCGCCAAUGGAGAGAGGAUUUUCGAUAUUCGCGGUGGUGGACUGGUGGAUGCCAGUGGGAAGAGGCGGUGUGCGAUGGCUGAGGCCCUGGAUGUCCGUGUGGUUCCGCAUGCUGGUGUGUGGGCUGGAUGUCCUAUCGCCUGCCUGGAAGAAUGGGCGCGUGAAAAGCAGAUCGCCGGCUUCUUCCUCCGCUUCAUCGAAGCGGUCAAGCUACCGGGCAGCCCCGCCCCAGCGUGGCAGCCAGGCGAGGCCUACAACGUGGUCGUGGUCGGUGCAGGAUUUGAUACUGGAGCGCUGAGGCGUUCAUGGCCACCUGGCUUGCGGGGGUACUAUGAAGUGGAAUUUCCCGCCGUGCUGACGCGAAAGGAAGCUUUGCUGCGCCGAGCAAACGUAGAACUGCCGGCCUGGCUUCACAGAUGCGGUGCUGACUUGCGCGAUCUGGCUGACGUGGAGACCUCUUUGAAAGCUGCGGGCACGGAUUUCGAAGUACCCACGUUGAUUAUUGCCGAAGUCGUGCUGGCCUACAUGGAGCCCGGUGAAGGCGAUGCGCUUGCGGCGUGGGCCGCGGGCAGGUUUUCCAACUGUUUAUUCGGUAUGUAUGAGCAGAUCGGACCCUACGAUCCCUUUGGUCGAUUCAUGCGAAGGCACUUCUUGCAGCGCCAGUGUCCCCUUAGAUCUCUCCUUGCACGGCCCGAUAUUGCAGCACAGCGUGCACGUUUCUGCUCCUUCCCCCGUGUGGAUGCAGCGGACAUGACAUCUAUACUGUCCGCUACACCUUCCGAAGAACUGGCCAGAGUCUCAGGCCUCGAACCAUUUGAUGAAUACGAGGAGUUUCAUCUGAAGUGCACGCAUUAUUUUUGCCUGGCAGCGAUGUCGGGAAGGUGCUGCAAUGCACGGACAAUUUGGCCCAAUGCUGGCAAGAGCCCGAGCCGUCCCGCACUGGAAGUCCCUGUUCACAAGCUGCACGAGCUGGGCAUUUCCAGAUUUGGUUUGACGGCAUCGUAUGCUGCUGGUCAUUUGGUUGUGUGCGGCGGUCAUGGCACAUACGAUUCCUCUGUGUCAGAAACACAUGGCAGGCAGACUUCUGUACUUUGCCGCAAGCUGGAUCCGACAGGCAGCGCUGCGCCACAAGGGAAGGUAUCGCAGCCAUUUCAGCAUGUUGGAGAUCACAAGGCUGCUAUGUAUUGUAGCGCAACGGCAGUGGGCUCCAAGGUGCUUUUGUUUGGCGGCCGUUUGGGGCCUCAUCAGCCAACCAAUUCUCUUGCCGUCUUGGAAACGAGCGAGCGCAAUGAGCGUGCUGGUUGUAACUUACGACUCGAAGCUGUGGAUAUAGUUGCAGGUCCUGCAGCUCGAUGGCGGCAUUCAGCAACGCACGUACGCAUUGGCUCCAGGGACGUGCUCGUUGUGUUGGGCGGUCGUGGGACAGAUGCAAAGACCUUCAGCUUGGACGAGGGAUGGCUGCUGGAUUGCGAUGAGCUGUCGUGGAAGUGUUGCCCUAUCUUUGCAACAGAUGGUUCCCUCCCCUGCGCGCGGCAUUCACAUGCUGCAGCAGCAAUCGCGUCUCAAGGCCUCCUUAUGAUCUGUGGCGGCUUGGACGCCAGCGAGGAGCUCUUGGGCGAUGCAUGGAUCCUGCAAAGAGAUGACGACCGAGACUCUUUCGCAUGGAGAAGGAGUACCUCCCCAUUGCCGAGGCCGAGGUACGGACAUCACUUGCACGUGUUCAGAGGCUUUCACAUCGUCGUCGGUGGAAUUGUAUCUUGGCUGCUGUGA